GAAGUGCAAAUUCCCUGAUUAUAAAUAAAUUUUAGUGUAAAAAUUGGAAUGCUUACAAUAGUAUUCUUUAUUAUCACAUUAGCGCACACAAAAUGCGAAGUAGAUCGCCGUAUAAUAACUACUUUACGGUAUUCAAAAUCUUACGUAAAACCAUUCGUUGUGAAUGGAAAGCCGGCUGAGGUCGGUGAGGUACCUUACCUAGUGUCGAUCAAAGAGCCAACAAGGAGACUCGGACAUGGUAGAAUUAUUUGGAGGAAUCUCUGUGGAGGCAGCAUCAUAGAUGAACUUCGAGUUUUGACAGCCGCACAUUGCUUUGAAGGGAAUCACUUCUACUAUUAUAGGCACCCGGAAUUGUUACGAAUCGUCGCAGGCAAUUUACGCACUGAUUUGACGCAUUCUGGACGUACAGAGACUACUAUUAUAAGCCAAUGGAGGAAUAUUGACAGAGUUAUUCUGCACAGGCACUUCAACUUCCCCGACAAUGAUAUCGCUCUGGUGUUUGCUAAUGUCAAAUGGAGUUUUAUACGUAACGUGGACUACAUUGUACCAGCUAGUGUCAAUAAAGAUUACCCCCAAACGUGUAGAUCAGCUGGGUUUGGUAGGAUUGGUCACCAGUUGAGUGAUAUGGUAUCUCCUUCACUUCUUGUUGCACAAAUCUACGUUCUCACUAGAUGGCACUGUACUAAAAUGUGGGAGAUGAAUAUGAACUCUUUUGUAUGUACGGAUUCGUCCGUCACAGAUAUUUCUAGGGGCGAUUCUGGGGGGCCAUUGGCAUGUAGAGGAACUUUGGAUCCCCAAGAGGAAAACCAGAGAGAAUUGUUGGUGGGAGUUGUAAGUGGCAAGAAUUUUGAUAAAACAUCUAUUUAUACACGAGUUUCUGCGUAUAGGGAUUGGAUUGAUAGAAAUGGAAGUGUUAUUAUAUUACACAAUCUGUUUGUGGCUUUAAUUACACUUUUGAUAGUAAUAUAUGACUUCUUUUCAUUCCAACUUAUAAUAAUCUGUGAACUCUCCCGCCUAGCGCUUUGGUGCGCGGUGGUAGCGUUUUUCGCUAACUGCGUAAACGGUGCACCGGCGCAACUGUGUACUGCAGCAGCUGAAAACGACCCGAGGGCUGCGCGCUUCUGUCAGGCACUUAACACCUUCCUGGAGUUAUAUGCCGAGGCAGCUGGCGAACAAGUGCCUGAAUACCAAGCCCUAGUUCGUGACUACCCUCAACUGUUGGACUCCGGCAUGAAGAGGCAAGACGUCGUCCACUCCUUCCUUCGUUUUGGCCGCAGGCGCUGA